CCGUGGCGGCCCGCUUUGCCAGUGACCCUGAUGGCGGCCCCGGCGGCGCUGGGGGAGGCGAGGAGGGCGAGCGGCUUCCCCGCUGAGGCGGCCCGGUGCGGCUGAUGGUGAUGUGGUAAAUAUAACCAAGCUCAUCUCUACCUAGGAGACAUUCUUCCCUGAAAAGCAAUCCUCUCUUACUGGACAUGCUUACAGAAUUGCGUAGCCAUGGACCUCAAAGAGAAGUGUCAGGAUGAGAUGACCUCAGGUUUGGGCCUUACCACAAAGAAAGCUCUUAUGAUCUUGAGAGACCAGUUGACAACACUGCUGGAGGGACAUCAGAAGGAACGGAAAAAAGUGACUUCAUGGAAGGAGGCAUGGAGAAGCAGUUUUUUGUACCAUGGUAACCGUUGCUCCUGUUUCCACUGGCCUGGUGCAUCUCUGAUGCUUCUGGCAGUGGUGUUGCUGCUCUGUUGCUCUGGGAGCCAGCCACAGGGAAACCAAGGUGCUGAAAUAGUUAAUGCAUUGGCACUCUUCCUCCUUCUCCUCUUGGAUCUCUUCAUGAUUGGACGUCAGGAGAGGCUGAAGUGUAAAGAGGUGGAGAGAAGACUUCAGAUGAUCAUUGAUAAGAUAAAUGAUACACUUAGCAAAGAGGUGAAAUGGCCAGACUCCAUGUACCCUGAUCUCCACAUGCCUUAUGCCCCAUCCUGGUCCCUUCAUUGGGCAUACAGGGAUGGUCAACUUGUGAACCUGCCUGUAAGCCUGUUAGUAGAAGGAGAUGUCAUUGCUUUGAGGCCAGGACAGGAAUCGUUUGCUUCUCUGAGAGGAAUUAAGGAUGAUGAGCACAUAGUUCUGGAGCCAGGAGAUCUAUUUCCACCUUUCUCACCUCCACCCUCCCCAAGAGGAGAAGUGAAAAAGGGACCUCAGAACCCUCAGCUGUAUCGUCUGUUCCGUGUCUUGAAGACUCCAAUAAUUGAUAAUGUCAGGUGGUGUCUGGAAAUGGCGUUGUCACGUCCUGUGACAGCCCUGGAUAAUGAGAGAUUCACUGUACAGUCUGUGAUGUUGAAAUAUGCUGUCCCUAUUGUACUGGCUGGCUUCCUAAUCACCAAUGCUGUGCGCUUCAUUUUCAAAGCUCCUGGAAUUGCUUCUUGGCAGCAUACUCUUCUUCAGCUACAGGUGAAUGGAGUCCUGCCCAUCCUUCCAUUGCUUUUUCCUGUCCUGUGGAUUCUUGCUACAGCCUUUGGAGAAGCCAGAGUCUUGGCCCAGAUGAGUAAGGCCUCAUCCACCUCGCUGCUUGCUAAGUUUUCAGAGGACACUCUCAGCAGCUACACAGAGAUGGUAUCUUCUCAGGAAAUGAUACGCUGUAUCUGGAGCCACUUCUUAUGUGUUUUAAAAGGCAAAUCUCCAACACUGAGCUUCACCUCCAGCUUGCUCCAUAGUCUGGGAUCUGUCACUGUGCUCUGCUGUGUAGACAAGCAGGGGAUUCUCUCCUGGCCAAAUCCUAGCCCAGAGACUGUUCUGUUCUUCAGUGGGAAGGUGGAACCACAUCAUGAUAGCCAUGAAGAUCUGACUGAUGAGCUCUCUACACGGUCCUUCUGCCACCCUGAGAUGGACGAUGAGCCCCAUGAAAGAGAUGCUUUGCUCUCUGGCCCUUUGGCAGACACAGUCCAUGUGACUAAUGAACAAGAGAGGAACAACUGGUCUAGUGACCCUCCAAAGGCUCCUGAUGCCCAUGCCCACCGAAAGCCAAACAGCAGAAGCAAGCAUCCCUCUGGGUGCAAUGUGAGUUUUAGCAAGGACACAGAGGGUGGAGAAGAAGAACAUAGUCAGGUUGCUGGUGACACUGAGGUGCUGGCUUGUGAGGCUGAAGAUUUUGUGUGUGACUACCACCUUGAGAUGCUUAGCCUGUCCCAAGACCAACAGAACCCCUCUUGCAUCCAGUUUGAUGACUCCAACUGGCAAAUACACCUGAAUUCCCUCAAGCCUCUGGGUCUGAAUGUGCUGCUCAAUCUUUGCAAUGCCACUGUGACAGAACGCCUGUGCUGCUUCUCCGACCAUCUCUGCAACAUAGCUCUCCAGGAAACUCACAAUGCUGUGCUGCCUGUCCACGUGCCUUGGGGCCUCUGUGAGCUUGCCAGGCUAAUAGGUUUCACACCAGGUGCCAAAGAUCUUUUCAAGCAGGAGAAUUAUUUGGCCUUGUACCGCUUGCCAAGCGAUGAGAUGGUUAAGGAGACAAUGCUGGGGAAGCUUUCAUCAAUCACCAAGAGAAGACCACCCUUGACUCACAUGAUUAACCUGUUUGUGAAGGACACCACAACCAGUACUGAGCAGAUGUUUUCACAUGGGACAGCCGACAUCAUCCUUGAAGCCUGCACAGACUUCUGGGAUGGUACUGAUAUUUACCCCCUCUCUGGCUCUGACAGGAAGAAGGUGUUAGAUUUCUACCAGCGAGCCUGCCUCUCAGGGUACUGUUCAGCUUUUGCAUACAAGCCAAUGCAUUGUGCCUUGUCCUCCCAGCUCAAUGGCAAGUGCAUAGAACUGGUGCAGGUCCCUGGACAGAGUGCUAUCUUCACAUGCUGUGAUCUGCCUGGGACAACCCCCCUCAAACAGAGUAGUCGGAGGAAUAGCUGGAGCUCAGAUGAAGGGAUUGGGGAAGUGAUGGAGAAGGAGGACUGUAUCCAGGCUCUGAGUGGACAGAUCUUCAUGGGAAUGGUCUCAUCUCAGUAUCAGGCCCGUCUUGACAUUGUCCGCCUUAUUGAUGGAUUGGUCAAUGCCUGCAUUCGUUUUGUCUACUUCUCCUUGGAAGAUGAGCUCAAAAGCAAGGUGUUUGCUGAGAAGAUGGGUCUUGAAACUGGCUGGAAUUGUCACAUAUCUUUAACACCCAAUGGAGAUGUGCCUGGAUCUGAGAUCCCUCCUUCCAGUCCCAGCCAUGCUGGCUCUCUGCAUGAUGACCUACAUCAGGUUUCUCGAGAUGAUGUGGAGGGGCUCUUGCUAAUGGAAGAGGAAGGGCAUUCAGAUCUCAUCAGCUUUCAGCCAACAGACAGCGACAUCCCAAGCUUCUUGGAAGACUGUAACAGGGCCAAACUUCCACGGGGGAUCCACCAGGUCAGACCUCACCUGCAAAACAUUGACAAUGUGCCUUUGCUGGUGCCCCUCUUCACAGACUGCACCCCAGAGACCAUGUGUGAGAUGAUUAAGAUCAUGCAGGAGUAUGGGGAGGUGACUUGCUGUCUGGGAAGCUCUGCCAACCUGCGGAAUAGCUGCCUCUUCCUGCAAAGUGAUAUCAGUAUAGCACUGGACCCUCUCUACCCAUCCCGCUGCUCCUGGGAGACCUUUGGCUAUGCCACCAGCACCACCAUGACUCAUGCCUCUGAUGAGCUCACCCCACUGCAGCUCUCAGGACAGCUCAAUAGCCUGCCUUGUUCCAUGUCCUUCCGCCAAGAAGAGAGUACCAGCAUUAUAAGACUUAUAGAGCAGGCCCGGCAUGCAACUUAUGGGAUCCGCAAGUGUUUCCUCUUCCUGCUGCAGUGCCAGUUGACGUUGGUCGUCAUUCAGUUCCUGUCCUGCCUGGUACAGCUGCCUCCCAUCCUAAGUACCACAGAUAUUGUGUGGCUCUCUUGUUUCUGCUACCCACUGCUCAGCAUUUCACUCCUGGGCAAGCCUCCCCACAGCUCCAUCAUGACCAUGGCAACAGGAAAAAACUUGACUUCUAUUCCUAAGAAGACUCAGCACUACUUCCUGUUCUGCUUCUUGCUGAAAUUCAGCGUGACCAUCUGUUCCUGCCUCAUCUGCUUCGGUUUCACACUGCAUGAGUCCUGCAAAGAGGUUAAUACUACCAGCCUCAAUCUCACAGCCUGCCCCUCCAUUAUGCUGCACAGCAAUGUUCAUGGUGCUCCUGACUGGUUUGGGACAUUUUCCAAUGUUCUUCUUGUAGCCCAGAAGCUCACAGCUGGCCUGAUUGUUUUACACACAGUUUUCAUAUCCAUCACUCAUGUCCAUCGGACUAAGCCCUUGUGGAAGAAAAGCCCCCUCUCCAACUGGUGGUGGACGCUCACUGUGGCUAUUGUAUUAAUGGGGCAAGUAGCACAGACCCUGCUGGACCUGAAGCUCUGGGAAAACCUCAGUUCUCCACUGACUUUUAAGUACAUUUCCAUCUCUCCAGUCUCGUGGCUCCUGGGUUUUCUUUCCUUGAUCCUGGUGGUUAUCAUCAAUGAGAUUGUCAAGCUGCAUGAAAUAAGGUAUGGGAUCAGCUUAGUCUUGAGCUGCAGAGAAAUAAUACACAGAGAACAGGUGGGGAAUAAAAAGGAAAAUCUGAUUGUGCUGUGUGAAUCACCUGGUUAUUGUGUGCAUGCUCAUGUUCCAACUCUCAGAAAGGAAGUACAGAGGAGGAAGGAGGGUCAGAAGAGGGCAGGGACACUGAGACCAAAAUUCCUUAUCUCCCCCUAGUGAAAGGGAGACAGCCAACAUCUGUGAGAUGCCAAGUGUGGCUUGGAGAGAGCUGUUCUCUAUAUCUUGUCCCAAGAGGGACAAUGAAGUAAUGAAUCACAGUAGAGGAAAUAAUGUCUUCACACAGUGCCUGGAUUGUGGGAUCCAUUUCCAUGUAAAGUAGCUGAAACCAAGAAUUGGCAGGCAAAGUUCUUCCUAGUACAGGGAGCAGGUAGAGCUGGGAGUUAAUGCUAAUGAACACUGAUUCAAGAGAGUUGAUGGGGAAAGGCAGUGGAGAUUGCAGGGAAUGUUGAUUGGAGUGCAGCUUCCAUUUCUCUUCAUGGGAGGGGUUUCUGGACCUUUCUGCACUCUCUGGUGGCCUUGGAGACAGGACUUUGCUGGUGGGGGUAGGUGUGAGACCACUGGCUGCUCUCUAGAUUUGACUCUCCUCUUAGUGUUGGAGGGCCCUGGCCAGAGGGCUCCCCUGCUUCUCAGGGCUGUGCAGCUCAGGAACUGUAGUGGGGCAGCUCUGCCUUUUGCCCUUCCAUGUGCUGACUGCUAUUUCUCCUG